AUGAAGUCUCUUGUACUAACUGACUACAUGUUGACAGACUGUGACGAUAACACAGGAGCACUGGUGCGCAGACAGAAGUGCUGGAGAUCACCAAUGGUCGUCAGGUAUUACUAUGCAUUGGACAAAUGCUGCCAGGAUGACAUAGAUGACAAAGCUCCUGGCAAGAGGCCUGCGCCUCAAAAUACAUAUAAGCCUGCAAGUCAUUCCUCUGAGGCAAUGUCCUGCCAGCUCCCUAAGUUCGCGGUCUUCCAUUCAUUGGUAUCCCAAAACCUCUCUGCAGAGCAGUUGGCUCAUAUGAAGAUCACGGAGGACCCAGAAUGGAUAACGAAUAUUGCGAUAACUGAUGAGAUGAUGAUGGCUGAGGAUCUCAUAGCACUCAGAAGGUUCGAAGCAGAAUCUAUAGCAUAUGAGGGUGACAACGAAGAUGAAGGGGUGGAUAAUGAAGGGGAGGAUAAUGAGGCUGACAACACAGGGGAUGCCUGA